CGGAAGCACCGAGUCUCGGCGGGGACGACGCUGGGGACAGAGGCCACUGAGGGGGCUUUGCUGUGAGGACCGGGGCACCACGCGGGAGCGUGUCGCCUCGUCUGCUCGUCCUGAGAAAGAGCUCGCUGUCCUCCAGCUGCCCCUCUGACCGACGGACCCCGCGUCGGUCGCUAGCCCUUCCCUCCGGAGCUGCAGAAUUCCUGCUUCGGGGCCCAGCCCCGCGGGCCGGGGCGCUGACCAAGUCCACGGUCCGGCCCUCCCUCAGGGGACAGAAGACCCGCACUCAGACCCUGGGGCGUGCAGCUCUGCACCCCGCCCCACGGCCCUGGGGCGCCGGUGUGACCCCACAGUGAGGGGUCCCCCUGGGAAAGCGCCUUUGGGACCGCUGGGUCCUUCUCGGUGCCUUUCUGUAUUUCCGUGUCUGUGAUUCUGCCUCCCUGUCUGUCUGUCUGUCUGUCUCUGUCAGGGACUCUCCCCACUCCCGUACCCUCCCGACCUCCCAACCUCCCAACCUCCCAACCUCCCAACCUCCCAUCCUUCCAACCAGGCCUGGGAGAAGUCGGAUUUCUUUUCUCUCAAAGCUGCUGCCCCAGCGCCGUGAGAAGAGCGUCCGUGGUGUUCGGGGUUGCCCCCUGCACGACCUCCUGCCCCGCCUCAGCUCCUGGGCCCCCCACCCCCCACCAUGAUGCCCGCAGGUGGGCAGGAGAGUUCGCCCAGGACCCGCCCGGGCCUGCCCUGCCCGGCGACGAAUGGCAACGCGGACUGGAUGUCAGCGCUGUGUCCCCGGCUCUGGGACGUCCCCCUGCACCACCUGGCCAUCCCCGGCAGCCACGACACGAUGACCUACAGCCUGAACCGGAGGUGCCCCAUCUCCCACACGCAGUCCCCGCUGCUGCAGCUGCUGGCCAGGGUGCUGCCCUGCAUCACCCAGCCCGCCGUGCUCAAGUGGUCGGUCACCCAGGUGCUGACGGUGACGGAGCAGCUGGACGCGGGAGUGCGGUACCUGGACCUGCGGAUCGCGCACAUGCCGGGCGGUUCUGAGAAGAACCUGCGUUUUGUGCACAUGAUGUACACGACCGUGCUGGUGGAGGACACGCUCACUGAGAUCUCUGAGUGGCUGGAGAGCCACCCCCGGGAGGUGGUCAUCCUGGCAUGCAGGAACUUCCAGGAUAUGACGCAGGACCUGCACGAGUACCUGGUCACCUGCAUCAAGAACAUCUUUGGGGACAUGCUGUGUCCCCGAGGGGAGGUGCCCACGCUGCGCCAGCUGUGGGCGCGGGGCCAGCAGGUGCUGCUCUCCUACGAGGACGCGGCCUCCGUGAGCCGGCACGGGGCGCUGUGGCCCGGCGUCCCCUACUGGUGGGGCAACCAGGUGCAGCCCAAGAAGCUCAUCCACUACCUGGAGCACAUGAAGAGCUGCGGCCGCCCAGACGGCGUGUUUGUGGCGGGCAUCAACCUCACCGAGAACCUGGAGUACAUCCUGGCGCACCCGGCUCAGUCGCUGCAGAAGAUGACGCUGCGCAGCCUGCCGCCGCUGGGGGCCUGGGUGCGGGAGCAGAGCCCGGGGCCCGGCCCGCGCUGCACCAACAUCAUCGCGGGCGACUUCAUCGGCGCCGACACGUUCGUCAGCGACGUCAUCAGGCUCAACGAGAAGCUGCUGGGCUGCUGACCGCGGCUGCCCGCCCGCCCUGCGGGGGCUGUGUGGAGAUCGGGCUCCUUGGGCGCAGUGCGCCCCAAACUACAAGCAAACCCGAGCCUGUCUGGGGCGGGCAGCGGGUACCGCCUGGUCCCCCAAAGGAAGCCCGAUGCGCCCUCUCGGAAGCACCUUCCCCGGGGCCCCUGAGGCCUCAGCCCUGACUCUGGGCCCCCGUCGCGGAGCUCCCGCUGUGACUUUCGGACCCAGCCAGCCUCUGCCCACUCCGGUGGGGACGCUGGGACUGGGGAGGGCGUGGCAGGCAGUGGGGGUACCAGCGGGGGCCCAGGGACCCAAACACCCCCCGCCCUGCCUCGCAUUCCCACCAGGGAGGAACUGGGGGGGGAGAGACAGCCACUGCGAGGGGGGCGGGUGCCCCCAGGGAGGCCACGGGACACUGCUCUGUGGGCUGCACCUGUGAAGCCCGGACGUGGCCCUGCGGGAGACUCCCGCCCGUGGUGGCCUCCUUGAAGGAGGCCUUGAGCUCAGAGACCCCUGGGGAUGGCUCAUCCGGAGGCCGAGU